AAAAGUUUAAAAAUAAAUUUAAUAAUUUUUAAAUUUGUCGUUAAAUUAUUUACAAUUGUUUUCCAAAUUGCUGUUAAUCCAUAAGACAGUUGCUUAUUUGAAAUGCAACGUAUUUAAAGAAUAAGCCCAAAUCCCAGCCCAUAAAAAAGCCCAUCAAGAAAAGCAAGGGGAGAAUGAAUGCGAAUAAAUCCAAACGGACUCCGGCGAGCUCAAGCACUAAGAAGCCGGCGGCGAUCCCCAAAACUCCUCAGCGCCCUCUCCGUUUUAUCGAAUCCCUCGCUCCAGGAUUUCUUGAAAAGCCAAUACGACGAUCCAACGCCGACGGUCACCGGAACAAACGGCGGGAGAGAUCUCCGCCGACACCGUUCUUGAUGGAUGCUGCCCAUCUUGUGGAGAUCAACCUAAUCUCCGCUCAAGCGCUAAAGUCCCCGCCGGGAUCUCGCCGUUUCCAAACCUACGCUGUCGCGUGGAUCGAUCCCGCUGCCAAGCUCCGCACGGCCGUCGACCGUGGCGGCGGCGAGAACCCUACCUGGAACGAAAAAUUCGUGUUCCGUGUUCCCGCCGCCCUUCUCUCUCCUGAUUCUUCCUCCGCACUCUCCGUCGAGAUCUACGCCUUAGGAGGCUGGUAUUUUCCCGACUCCCUCGUCGGGGCCGUCCGCCUCCUCCUGGACAAUCUCGGCCUCCUAAAGCUUCCUCCCGACUCCCCCUCUUUCGCCGCCGUUGGCAUUCGGCGCCCCUCAGGCCGCAUCCACGGCAUCCUCAAUGUUGGCGCCGCGGUCCUCUCCCGAGUCCCCGUCUUCGUCUCCGAGGCGCUCGCCGUAACCUCAGCGGUCGGUUACCGCGAUUUCAUUCGCAAUGGCGCUCGGCCGCAACUCCGAAGGGCCAACUCGUCCAAGCUAAUCUCCACUCCACCGUCGCCCGUUGCCGCGGAUCUGGCGCUCAAGGAGUGCAAUAGAGAUAUCAAGGAGGAUGAGAGUAAUUGCGGCGGCGGCGAAAUGGCGCUGUGCGGUCUAGGUUUUCCGAGAAAGAUACAUGCCAGCCCAUUUGAUCAGAAUCUAGCCAUGUGGGGAUUCCAUGAGAAGAAGUACCUCCGUUGAUGGACAGUUCUGAGUUCAGAUCAUGAUCUUCUUGAUUAAGAGUACCUUGUGGAACAGUUGAUGCUAAACUACAUUUGUAGGGAAAGUGAAAUAACUGUGAAUUUUUUAA